AUGAGCGUCUGCGUCAGCAACUCAACUCUCAACAAGGUUCCACAACCACUCAAGCGCAACCCAAAUCAGGUAUUCAACAGCAACCCAAACCCCAUUCUUCAGCUACACAGUCCACCCAACAAGCACCCAAUGCCACCAAAAAGACUCCCAACAAACUCUUGGACCGAAGUAAUCAAACGUUCCAAAAAGGUUCGCAACCCUGCCGAUGUAACUGACAAACAUCGCCAAGCUAUUACUCGUGGUUUUAACUUGGCUCCUGAAGGGCCAAAAGGCUACACAACGGUGUACUUUAACCGCUCUCGCCGCUUCACUCGCACUGAAGUCCGCAACAACUUGCAUCUGAUCAAAGCUGAUGCUUCUCGUAUCAUUGAUGUAACGUUCCCUGCUAGAAACAUCAUUGGCGUCCUAGUCCAUUUGCAAUACAAGGACAACCUCGUCUCCAUUCUCACCAAGAACAACAUCAAUGUUGUGGAAGGCUUUGAUCCUACUGAUCCCAAACACCUCGCUGACCCCAAGUUUAAAGAGAUGUCCCUCUCUAAGCGUGAGGAUGCUGCCUUUGACCUGCAAAUCAAUCGUUGUGCCAAGUCUCUUGUCUACCUUGCCAAUCGUCGUUCUCGUCUUUUGCUUCUGUUGCUAAUCACUUUUUGGAAAAUGGUUGGACCACCACUGAAUACAUUGAUUCUGUCGCCCCUGUCAAUAACAUCUUUGGCUCUCUGGUUUCAAGAAAAGCUCUGGCUCAUCUGA